CAAUACGCCGCGCUGGUGAGUGUGCACAUUUGAGAGUUGUCAGUUUAUAAGAAAUGAUUGGAUUAUACUUUCUUUUGUGCAGUUGAAUAUAGAACUAUACAUCAAUUAUUUAUUAACGUGAAUUUGAAUUAUUUGAUAAAGAAAAAAUGGAUAGACUUCUACGACUGGGUGGUGGUUUACCAGCUCCGUUGAAUCAAGGACCUCCACCAUCAGAUGCACCUGUCGUUGAUACUGCAGAACAAGUGUACAUUUCAUCACUGGCUCUUUUAAAAAUGCUAAAACAUGGCCGAGCUGGAGUACCUAUGGAAGUUAUGGGUUUGAUGUUAGGCGAAUUUGUAGACGAUUAUACUGUGCGUGUAAUCGAUGUUUUUGCCAUGCCACAAACGGGAACGGGAGUCAGUGUAGAAGCGGUUGAUCCAGUGUUUCAAGCUAAAAUGUUGGAUAUGCUUAAACAAACUGGUAGACCAGAAAUGGUCGUAGGUUGGUACCAUUCUCACCCAGGAUUUGGUUGCUGGUUAUCUGGAGUAGAUAUCAAUACACAACAGUCAUUUGAAGCACUUAGCGAAAGAGCUGUUGCUGUUGUCAUUGAUCCUAUUCAAUCAGUGAAAGGAAAAGUUGUUAUUGAUGCAUUUAGAUUAAUCAAUCCUAAUAUGAUGGUUCUAGGACAAGAACCUCGUCAAACUACAUCAAAUUUAGGUCAUCUACAGAAACCUUCUGUCCAAGCCUUAAUACAUGGGUUAAACCGUCAUUAUUAUAGCAUUAGUAUCAACUAUCGUAAAAAUGAAUUAGAGCAAAAGAUGUUAUUAAAUUUACAUAAGAAGACUUGGAUGGAUGGUCUCACUCUUGCUGAAUACUCUGAACAUAGUAGACUUAACGAAAAUAUUGUUUCUGAAAUGCUUGAACUUGCUAAAAAUUAUAAUAAGGCAUUGGAAGAUGAAGAAAAAAUGACACCCGAGCAAUUGGCUAUAAAAAAUGUCGGUAAACAAGAUCCAAAACGUCAUUUAGAGGAAAAAGUUGAUACACUUAUGGCUACAAAUAUUGUACAAUGUUUGGGAGCUAUGCUUGAUACAGUUGUAUUCAAAUAACUAUUUCUUAAAAUACAUAUUGAAAUAUGAUCUUUAAAAUAAAUUUUUUAAAUGGA